AUGCCGGCUCUUCGAGAUCUGGCGUCCGGGGGAGAGAGGCCAAAAGUCGACAUCGUCGCAGUACAUGGACUUAAUCCGAGGGGCAAAUCCGUGAAAGAUCAUGCCUGGGACACCUGGAGAAAGCCAGACGGGGCCAGCGGCAAGCUCUGGAUGAGGGACGACUUGCCCACGUCCCUGCCCGAUGCAAGAAUACUUCUCUACGAAUACGAUUCGCGAGUGUUUUCUGGAACCCAUGCAUUGUUCCGGCUCUAUUAUGAUGACGGCUGGCAGACUAACGACACGCAGGACCCUCUACGCCCUUUGAUCUUGGUGGCACACAGCCUUGGUGGACUGCUAGUGAAACAGGCUCUCGUCAAUGCUCAUGACAAUAGACACUACGCCUACAUUGAACAAUCCGUAAAGGGCCUUGUUUUCUUUGGGACACCCCACGAGGGCGGAAAUUUGAAGGAUGCUAAAGUAAAGCUUGGAUUCACUGCGGCGAGCAUUGCCCAAAGUCUUGGACUGGAACCUAAUGAGUCUAUUGUGCAAGCGCUUCGACCAGGUUCCCUCUUCAGUGACUUUCUUAAGGAGGCAUUCAGGCAUCAGUUGGAGAAUUACAACAUUGUUUCCUUUUGGGAGAAGGAAGGCACAAUUGUCACAAAGGAAUCCGCAACUUUUGGUCUCCCCGGACAUCGAGAAAACAUCAUCGGUUUGGAAGCCAAGCACAGCAGCAUUUGCAGAUUUGAUCUCGACAUAGAACAGGACCGUGAUGUCUACGAGUUUGUGAAAAAUAAUAUGUACUGGGUAUACGAAGAGGCGCUGAAGGAAGCAGCCCUUGAGCAAAAACUGGAGGCACUUGAAAAAGGAACGCCGGCCCUAUCUCACCAAAAAGUUCUCGAGAUUGCCAAUCAAUUUGACGGAGACAUGUCUACAUGGAAAGACCAUUUAAUCGAAAUUUUCAUGGAUCGCUCUUCAGAAAACAUUCUAGACUGGAUGCUGUCCACCUCUGGUUAUCGGAACUGGAGCGGCGCUCGGACAGACAUGACCAAGCAGAAACCGAUGAUUUGGUGCCAAAUCGACAAUGCGCUGCCUACAGCAAAGGCUCUGGGCCAAUUACUAGUCCGGACAGAAAAUGGUUCGCUCAUACAUAUCACCAACGACCACCCGUUACUGCCAGAAUUGCCGUUACUGAAGGACAUGGGAUGCCCAGAACAUGCCAUAUCAUUGCUGUUCUCUUUGCUACAACAAGCGUAUGCUCUCAUUCACCAACCGCAAUGUAGAUACUUCCCCUCUUUUGUUGUGGAGAGUGGUCUGUUCUAUCAGAAGCAGGGGUGGACUAAGAGCAUGGGCAUGGAGGUGAGUAGAGUCUUUGCAGAGCUCCUGAAGGGAGAUCCUCAGAAAGAUUGGACAAUUCUCAUUCACGACGUGGAUUCGCUGCACGAAGAUGCAGUACCAGAGGUAGGAAGGCUACUCGCCAGGAUUCUAGGGGGAUUUUCCGGAUACAACGUCGACCGACUGAGAGUAGUAGCCAUAGGUCGGGAUCCUGGCAAGAUGCCGCAGGUUGCACGGCAUUGCACGGUCAUCAAUGGGGAUACAGAAUACCUUGAAUGCCUUGCGAGCCUCCAGUUCGACAACAUGACAGUUCGUCAAGACCGAAUUGCCUCCGCUACGGUUGGCACCAAUCAGUGGAUUUGGAACAACCCUUCCUACCUUUUCUGGAAGGGUAGACCAUCAUCUGUGAUCUGGAUCUGUGGCAAACCCGGGAGCGGUAAAUCCGUACUUGCGAAAACCAUGCAGACUCAAUUCCUCGCUGGGUCUAGUUCAAGGCAAUCCAUGGUCCUCUCGUGGUUUUACAGUAUCAGAGACAAUCUUGUCCUACAUCGAGAGAUGUUCCUAGCGAUCCUAAGUCAGCUUUUAUCGCAGAAUCCUACAGUAUAUUCGUGUAUCAAAGGCAUGUACAGGUCUCUCUUGAUCAGCCGAGCCGAUGUUUCUUCGACCCAUUGGUCGAUCACCGAAUUACAAGCGGCCAUAUCGACAAUUUUCCAUGGUCUUAAAGGCAGACCGGUAUCAGCUCUGUGUAUUGUUGAUGGGUUGGACGAAAGCAAGGUUGAAUAUUCUGAGAAUGAUUGCUCCCGAUCGGACGCUCUCAAGUUCCUGACCCAUUUGACAUCCAACGGGAUGCCUCUGCGAAUCACUUUCUUGAGCCGACCGUCUGAUGAUAUUAAGAGGGCACUCAAGAACCAACCCUCUAUUUUCAUGCACGAUGUCAACCGUCCCGACAUCGAGAAUCUCAUCGAUAAAGGCGUGAAAUCCCUAGGAUUGCAACUGGACGGAUACGAUUCUGAUAACGAAUCACAGCGAAGCGGGUCACCAACAAGCCUUCGCGUGCCGUUUCCUGGUCAUUCAAGAAGGGACAGUAUACCGGAUGAGUAUUUCAAUAACGCCGACUCUGAGAAGAGAGAAAUACUCUCUGAAAUAGACCUAUACCUGAGAAUGAAUGCCAAUGGGGUUGUUCUCUGGGUCAUCACUGUGCUAGAAAUCUUGCGGAAGCGGUGCCAAGAGGUACCUUUUUGUGAUAUUCGAUCACUCAAGAAGCACCUGGAGGGCAUUCCUUUCGAGAUGAAGGAUCUGUACUCUCAAAUAACUUCCGAUCCAUCGCAGCCCUUUCGGAAGAGCCCGGACGCCCUAAAUAAAGCUCGUCGAGUCCUCAUGUGGGUUUCUGUUUCCUCCAAAUAUAGGAUGCAGUUGCAGGACUGGCGAGAGGUCAUCUCGUACGAUUUCGAGAACCAUGAGACCAGUGAAAAGCCCAAGUUUUUUGCAGGAAUCACCGAAUGGUCAUCAUUCAGACGCCAACUCGAAAGACUCUGCGGCCCCUUUGUCGAGAUCGUUCCGAUCCUGCCCCGCGGCGGACACUUGCAGGACCAAGAAACCACUCGCUGGGACACACUGCAACUAGCCCACGAGACUGUGAGAACCUUUCUACAGCAAGACAACAGCUAUCCAAGGCUUGGAUUCUCCGCGGCUGAGGCAGAACGGGUAGUCCGGGAGGAGAGGCGCAUAUAUAUGCGACGAACCCUCCCCCCUUUGACGGGUUUGCUUGUUUCAGGCCCAGCCCAACAUACAGACAAGGAUAUUUCCAUGUUCUGCAACUACAUGGAAAGUCGACCGCUCUUAUGCUUCAUACUGCAGACAUUGAAUUUUGAGCUGCAAUAUUUCGCGCUCCAAAAGGACGGCAAAGCGCUUCUUGCCGACGCAAUCAACCAGUGUGAUUCCAUCACAGAUAGAUUGCAUUCACAACGACAAAGGAGUGGAUUGUUACACGAUUCCGAAACGACACCCGUGCAAACUCCGGAAUGGUCGUUUCCAUUCUUAUUGGCAGGCUCACUGCUGAGAGUGCUCGGAUUCCUUGACUUCACUGACCCUGUCGGUGGUGGCUCCGGGCCAUGGUCGCUUUACAGUCUUUUCUCUUUGACCUGCUCACUUGGCCAGCUGAAUGCAGUGAACGCCCUUUCGUCACUGUUGGUAUGUCCCCACAGAAUACAACUCUUUCAGAUUUUAGGAGCCAUGAGACACGCUGCAGAAGAGGCAGGGCUUAAUUAUGAACAUUCUGUGUUGGGAGACGCCCUAGCCUUCUUCAAUGAUAUACCAGCGGAGUUCACGUGUGUCCUCAACGCUAGCCAUAACCCAGUAGCCAGAUCUGAUCGGGUGCAUGCAGCCAUUUCCCAAGUCUUUGGUCACCAAAUCUUCAGCGGGGGUUCUGCCGGCUUUUGGAGCAUACUUGCGGAACUGAAAGCCGAUUCUCUGCUCUUUGAAAGUCCCCUUCGUUACCGCUCGCAGCCACUGAAUGGGGAUGAAUAUUCUAUAUACCAACGAACACCCUUCACCAAGUUGAUCUCCAAGUCGCCGAACGGGUCAAGAAAGAGAUGGGAUGACAAUAGGCAUUGA